GAAGACAGAGUAUCAGUGGGAAAAUAAGGAGAGAGUGACUCUGAUUUAUGCAAGGCCUGCUCUUUUCUGUGAUGUGGGAGUGGAGGGAGCAGAUGGAUAUGGAGAGUGGAAAGUAUGAUGAAAUUAAAGCCUAGAAGAGAAGCUGAUCAUGGACUGAACUGUGCCCAUUACGACAGGAUAUGAACUUUGAGGAUGUGGCCAUUGCCUUCUCUCAGAAGGAGUGGAGGCUCCUUGAUGAGGCUCAGAGACUUCUGUACUACGAUGUGAUGCUGGAAGUUUUUGCAGCGGUAUCAUCUGUAGGUUGUUGGCAUAAAACGGAUGAUGCGGAGGCCUGUUCUGAGCAGAAUGUAUCCAUAGGAGAGUCACAGGUCAGUGCUUCUAAGACAGCCUCAGCAACCCAGAAGAGCCAUGUCUGUGGGAGGUGUUUCUCAUUGUUAAAAGAUAUUCUGCAUCUGACUGAGUCACAAGGAGCAGACUUUGAACAGAAAGCCUUUAUCAGUGAUGCAUUUGUGAGAGGCUUGUGUUUCAGUGCAAACCCUCACCAGCAACAGAGGGAAGCCAGUGGAGAGAAGCCCUGGAAAGGAGCUGAGGACAGGGCCUCAUUUGUGACCAGGUGCAGCUUCUACUUACCAGGGCUGCCUUCAACCACUAGGGAGGUUGGGGAAGACUUCCCAGCCAUCUCAGAGCUUCUCCAGAACCAGGUCACUCUCAACACUGAGGAGCCACACAGUGGCAGUGAGAUUUCACAGCAAUUACUCAAUAGAGACAGGCAUCACCAGUGGAAUAAAUGUGAAAAAGCUGCCAGCCACAGCCAGAACCUUGUUCAACAUUUGGAUAUCUGCUCUGGAGAAGUGAAAUAUGAAUGCAAUACAUGUGGGAAAGUUUUCAGAUGUAUCUUUAACCUCAAUAGACAUAGGAGAGUUCACACUGGAGAAAAACUUUAUGAGUGUAGCUAAUGUGGGAGGUCAUUCAGGGAAACCUCUGCUCUGAAAAACCAUCAGAGAGUUCACACUGGAGAAAAGCCGUAUGAGUGUAGUGACUAUGGGAAGUUCUUCAGUAAUAGGUCUAUCCUCACUGUACACCAGAGAAUUCACACUGGAGAAAAGCCAUAUGAGUGUAGUGACUGUGGGAAGUUCUUCAGUAAUAGGUCUAUCCCCACUGUACACCAGAGAGUUCACACUGGAGAAAAGCCGUAUGAGUGUAGUGACUGUGGGAAGUUCUUCAGUAAUAGGUCUAUCCUCACUGUACACCAGAGAGUUCACACUGGAGAAAAGCCGUAUGAGUGUAGUGACUGUGGGAAGUUCUUCAGUAAUAGGUCUAUCCUCACUGUACACCAGAGAGUUCACACUGGAGAAAAGCCGUAUGAGUGUAGUGACUGUGGGAAGUUCUUCAGUAAUAGGUCUAUCCUCACUGUACACCAGAGAGUUCACACUGGAGAAAAGCCAUAUGAGUGUAGUGACUGUGGGAAGUCAUUCAGUAAUAGGUCUAUCCUCACUGUACACCAGAGAGUUCACACUGGAGAAAAGCCGUAUGAGUGUAGUGACUGUGGGAAAUCCUUCAGUAAUAGGUCUAUCCUCACUGUACACCAGAGAGUUCACACUGGAGAAAAGCCGUAUGAGUGUAGUGACUGUGGGAAGUCAUUCGGGCAAAUCUCUACUCUCAAUAAUCAU